AAAUGGUUGUAACGUUAUUUCUGCUUGUGUUGUGCCAAGGGAUUCACUUUUUAAAAAAUAAAUGCAUGUUUUAUUCGCGGUUGGAUGAAUGCUUUCUAAUAAUACUUAAUUUUUAUUUAAAAAGUAUUUGUCGUCAUCUAAUUACAUUUUAUAAGGCAUUUGCGUCGGCGCACGUGAAUGCUGAUCAACCUCCGUGAUAAAGAUAGUACCUGCCACUGGAACAGCUGAUUUAGUUGUUUGUUGUGCUGAGUAGCGCACAAAAUGAUGCAACGUGUCAGGGAGUAAAGUACAUUAGGUAAAAGUGAGGAUUGCUUCUGGGUUUAGUGGGAAGCAUUCAAAUAAAAUUAUUUAUAAGUGCUUUUAAUUGUAUCUUUCUAGUGAAGGCAGUGUCGCUGACAAACCUUUAUUUGCUUCGCAUUCCUUAAAUUCUUAUGCAUACAUCAGCAUUCAAGGUGUAAGGGCUUACAGUUGAUUCUUGAUUGAAGCAUGUCGUGGAUACGAGAAAGCUCUCUGAGUUGGCUGCAAUCAUUUUGCAUCAAAGUGAUAAAAUGUGGUCCAAUGCCAAAACACAUUGCUUUUAUUAUGGAUGGAAAUAGAAGAUUUGCUCAAAAAAAUCACAUAAAGAAAAUAGAUGGUCACACAAAAGGGUUCGACAAGCUGGCGGAGACGCUGCAGUGGUGUCUGGACCUGGGUGUCCCCGAGGUGACGGUGUACGCGUUCAGCAUCGAGAACUUCAAGCGCAGCGCGGAGGAAGUAGACGCCCUCAUGCAGCUCGCAAGAGAGAAGUUUCAGAGGCUGCUCAGUGAGAAGGACAAACUGAUGGAGCAUGGGGUCUGCAUACGAGUUAUUGGGAACCUCAGUCUUUUGCCACCUGAUGUUCAUAAGUUGAUUGCUGAUGCCGUUAUCAUGACGAGAGACAACAGUAAAGCAUUUCUGAAUGUGGCAUUUUCGUAUACAGCUAGGGAUGAGAUAACAGCGGCCGUGAGGACGGUUGCGUCGGGCGUCGGCAGCAAGGCGUUGUCGCUGGACGACGUUGACGAGGCCCUCAUCAGCGGCUGCCUGUACACAGGCUGCAGCCCUGAUCCCGACCUGCUCAUUAGGACGUCGGGGGAAGUGAGGUUCAGCGACUUCUUGCUGUGGCAGAUCUGCUGCUCGUGCAUUUACUUCACGGACGUGCUGUGGCCGGACUUCAGCUUCUGGCACAUGCUGGCCGCGGUGUUGUACUACCAGCGCUGCCACGCUCAGCUGUCCGGCCUGGUGGGCGCGGGUCGGCCGUGCUCGCCCCGGGCCGUGCUGUUCCGCGAGCACGUGCGGGGGGAGAGGGUCUCUGCCCUCGAGGAGGUCAGCAGGGCCUCCUUGUGACCCGGCGCCCCUAGGGCCGUGCUGCGGAGAUAAGAGCGUUUCGUGUUCGCGUACGAGUAAUGGUGCUGGGUUUGGGGGUAUUUCAUUUUUAUAGCGGUGGGCAAAGCUUCUAAAAUGCAAAGUCAAAAAUAUUUCGUUCAGAAUAAAUUUUUGCUUCAGGCUUUAAAGCGAUGUUCAAAAUGUGCUUGAAUUCAUUUUUAUAUAUAUAUAUGUCAGAUUUAAUAAAAGGUAAAAAUUACUUUUUGGUGUAACAUAUGCGUGCUAAGACAGCAUGUCUACAAAUACCUGGUGAAUCAACUUCAGGAUCAUUUUAUGUUGCUAUAAUAAGCAAAAUGAAAUAUACUGCAAAAACAAUUUUCUACUCGUAGGAACGUGCUGAUUAAGUUCAGAAGCAAAAAUCUUUUCAGAGAUAAUUAAUUGUCAAAUCAUUUAAGUGAACUUUUUUCCAACUAUUCAUAUUUAAUGUGAGACUAGGAAAUGAAGUGAAGCAUCAAAAAACAAAAUGCAAGUCUGCUAAGGGCUGCCGGAAAUUAAAGUUUCGUGACUUUCCGAACUAUUACUAUUUGUUUUGAUACUUCUGGUGACUUUGUUGACCUGUAGAUAUUCUGUAAGAAGACAAUAUAAUAUUGUGAAUAAAUAGGUAUGUUUUUUGGGCCUAUACGUGCUUAAGCAACGAAAAUAACCAAACAUUUUUAGUUGCAACACAUAACUAAGGGUUUUUAUAUCUUUUAUUAGCUCAUACUAGUAUUUAUUUCUUACUCAUAUAUGUUUAGUGCUAGUAAAAAAAACCUAUUGAAAAUUGAUUUGACUGAUGAAAUUGUUUGGCAAUAUUCGCUUCAAUUUUGAAAUGAAAUACCCAGCUUUGCCCACCUGGUUUGUGCAGUGUCAAUUGUAUUGUACUGCACAUUAUAUGUGCCUGUGAGUGCAUCUUACCAGAUCUUACCAGUUUGCUCUGUGAACUUGGCAUUAAUCUUGUUGUAGAAAAUGGCACAUUCAUUCCAUUUUUGAUGUUUUGUUCAUGGCCUAUAAUAGGACAUUGUUCUGAUUUUGUUUUGUACUGAGUUAUGAGCUAUUUUUUUUCUUCUGUUAAAUUACAUUCAAAUACUACAAAAUGUACAAGAUGUGUACAUGUGUGUUUGGAAGGUGAUUUACUUUAUAUGUAAAUGGCAGUCCAAGCAGUAACGUAAAUAAGUUUUUUUUCUAGGAACCAUUUUUUUUUUUUAUGUUAAUACUGGGGGCUGAUUCUUGAGAUCUUGUGACUUCAUUCUUUUGUGUUUUGCAAUGGAUUGUAUUUGCUAUUCUCGAGUGAAAAGUUGUUUAAAAAUGAAAUGAUUUCACUUCGUGCCAUCAUGGUGAAAUCAAAUUUUGCAGUUGCCAACUGUAUUUACACAACUUAGGUUUAGUUAGUUGAGGUUAUGUAAUUUUUUUAUUUCUUGAAUGUUUUGUUUCACAUUUUGACACCUGCACCUUUGGGCUCUUAUUGGCAUCCCACACACUAACUAGACUUGCAGUAACUCGUGCACACAUGGGUGAAAGCAAAAAUAACACAAGAUUUUCUGUUCUGAGAUGCACCACAUGCCUCUCAUACACAUAAUCAAACAAAAAAGUAAAACCUUUAAAACGCCUAACCAAGAGAAAAAUAUUAAACAAUUUUUUUCAACAUUUUUAAAAAUCAAAUUACAUUUAAAAUUACAGAAUUUUUAUAUUAUAUUGAAUAGAAGCAUUACUAAUGACACUAAAUGUUGGUAAGGUAUUUUUAAUUCUUGCAGUGAUUUAGGCAAGAAUAUUAAGAAAAAAUUAUUUAGAUUUUUUAUGUGAUUCUGUGCGGUGAACUCUCUACUACGCAAGGAAAUGAAAAAAAAGUAAGUUAAUUUUUCUUGGAACCUUGAAUUGCAUAAGAGGGAGUCGUCUUACAUUCAGGGCCGACUUAUUUUCGGGCAAAUGUGGUAAAUAUGAUUGGUUAGGAUAAUUUUAAAAUCAAGCAGUCAAUUUGUAUGUUGUAUAAAGUUUUUGUAUUGGCCAAUUGAUUUCCAAUCUGGUUGUAUGAUAUGAUAGGAAGAUAGGAUGUUUGUGAUACUAUAAAAUUUGUUCUCAUUGAUAUUGAUUAUAAUUUAUUUAACAACCAAAUUGUGAUUUCAUAUUAGAGUGACAGGCCACAGGUUGGCUGCCACGGGCCUAAGCAUAUUUACAGUGUGAUUCAACAACAUAAUUUAAUACACAUUAGCUCUUUAAUUUCUUAACUAACUGUUCAUUUAAGUUAUGUAGGAAGUAUAUGGCAUGCAAAAUAAUCCACCAUUGUAAUUUUUUUUUUGUAACUACCCAUUGACUGAAAUUCUUUGGCUUUCUUUAUCCUUGUAUAAUUUUAUAUAUGUCCAUUAUGUUAUGUACAGUAUUCAGUUUUUGAUGCAAUAAAUCUGUUAUUUUUCUGAAUGUGUG